AUGGCUGCCGAAAACGGUGCUACUAGCAAACCCAGCUACGAAAGAUCGCGGCAACAGCCCGAAAAUCCGUUCGCAGCCUUGAUUCCAGACCAGGAGAUUGCCAUUAUCCCUUCUUUCACGUUGGAGUCGGGCGUCACUCUCCAAAAUGUGCCACUUGCCUACACCACUCGGGGCAAACUGUCCCCAAAUCGUGACAAUGCCAUGGUCAUAUGCCAUGCCUUGACGGGAAGUGCCGAUGUCAGUGAUUGGUGGGGACCUCUCCUAGGUGGUCCUGGGCGAGCCUUUGAUACCUCGAGGUUCUUCGUUAUCUGCAUGAACAGCUUGGGAAGCCCGUACGGCACUGCCAGUCCUGUGACUGCCAAGGACGGCAACCCUGACAAUGAGAGAUAUGGUCCUGAGUUCCCAUUGACCACGAUUCGAGACGAUGUCAAUCUGCACAAACUGCUGCUUGAUGAUCUAGGUGUUCGUCAGGUCGCCGCCGUUAUAGGUGGUUCUAUGGGCGGAAUGCUCGUUCUUGAGUGGGCAUAUUUCGGCAAGGACUAUGUUCGUUGCAUCGUGCCGAUCGCAACGUCGAGUCGUCACAGUGCUUGGUGCAUUAGUUGGGGCGAGGCCCAGCGUCAGAGCAUUUACGCUGACCCCAAGUACGACGAUGGCUACUAUACCCUCGAAGAUCAGCCAGUCACGGGUCUCGGCGCGGCUCGCAUGUCCGCACUGCUCACCUACCGAAGCAGAAACUCCUUUGAGGCGCGUUUCGGCCGCAACAUCCCCGACCCAGCAAAAAGGCAAACCAUUACAGAAAACCCAAGGUCCACCACACCAUCUGAGACUCACUUCCACAUCCACAAUGAUGGGCACAAGGUGACUAGAUCUUCUGUGUCGCGCUCUAGUAGCUUUGCAAGCCAAACGAAAGCAGAGGCAGCCAAGCCCGGCGAAGCACCUGUCGCAGUCGCAUCAGCGGAUCCGCAAUUUUCGGGUCCCAAGGAGAGCUUGACGGGUGGCGAUAGGCCCCCCACUACGACAUACUUUUCUGCACAGUCAUAUCUGCGCUACCAAGGACAGAAAUUCGUCAAGCGAUUCGACAGCAACUGUUACAUUGCCAUCACGCGCAAGCUCGACACUCACGAUGUCUCUCGUUACCGCGCGGACUCCGUCCCCGAGGCCCUGGCGCUCAUUGAACAGCCCACGCUCGUUCUUGGUAUCGAAAGUGAUGGGCUGUUCACAUUCGCGGAGCAGCAGGAGAUUGCACAGCACGUCAAGAACUCCAGAUUGAAGGAAAUUGUUAGUCAGGAAGGCCACGAUGCUUUCCUGCUGCAAUUCGAGCAGGUGAACAAGUAUAUUCUGGAUUUCCUCCAAGAGGUUCUCCCUGACAUCAUGGAGAAGGAAGGCGAUGUUGUAGAAGCUGCUUCUGUGGGACAGAUGACCAAGUCUAGUGUGUUCGGCGAAGCAGAGGUUGAAGACAUUACAGCUUGGUAG